GCUUCUCUAGGGCUUUCCUAGGGCUUUUGGAUCAGGCGGCGACGCGAUGGUGAGCGGGUCGGGAGCUUGCGCGCGAGUGGUGGUGAUCGAUGCGCGCCAUCACAUGCUUGGCCGGCUGGCCUCGAUCGCCGCCAAGGAGCUCCUCAACGGACAGCGCCUGGUUAUCACGCGAUGCGAGGAGAUUGCUCUCUCGGGCGGCCUCGUCCGCCAGAAGAUGAAGUACCUGAGGUUUCUGAGGAAGCGCAUGAACACCAAGCCCAGCAAGGGGCCGAUCCAUUUUCGUGCUCCUGCCCGCAUUCUCUGGAGGACGAUCAGAGGUAUGAUCCCACAUAAGACCAAGCGCGGUGCCGCUGCUCUGGAGAGGCUCAAGGUCUUCGAAGGAUGCCCACCUCCGUAUGACAAGACCAAGAAGAUGGUCGUUCCAGACGCUCUUAAGGUCUUGCGGUUGAAACCCGGGCACAAGUUCUGUCUCCUGGGUCAGCUGUCCAAGGAAGUCGGGUGGCACCACCAUGAGACAAUCAAGGAACUCGAGGAGAAAAGGAAGGCGAAGGCUCUUGUGUUCUACCAGAAGAAGAAGGAAUUACUCAAGCUGAGGCAAAAGGCGCUCACUGCUGCUGAAGAAAAGCUUCCUGAAGUCAAGGCAGUGCUAGAUCCUCUGUCUUACUAGACAAGCUCGCUUCAUUUCCUUUUCUCUCGUGUUUGCUGACUAGUUGUGAUCCUACGAGUAAAGACCAGAGCAAAUUUUGAUUCUCCGAGCAAGAAAACUUCGUUUGCGAUCCCAAGCUUUCUUUCCACAAGAAAUAUAAGUCUCAACUUUGAA